CUGGUUGAGGCUCGGCUGGUAGCUGGGAGUUGUGGGAUUGACGGGAGCCGUGAGGGGUAGACCCGCUCUUCUGCUUCGAGUUGCCUUCGCUCUGGGGCUCUGGCCCGGGCCAUCCGCGUGUGCCUGACGAGUUGCUGUGAUGGAAGUCAAAGGAAAAAAGAAAUUCACAGGAAAGAAUACAAAGACAUUGCAAGAAAAAAAUAGAUUUCAUAAAAACAGUGAUACUAGUUCUUCAAAGACAUUCACAAGGAAAGUUGUGAAAGAAGAUGGCCCUAAAAUCACAUCCAAAAACUUUGAGAAAAAUGCCACAAAACCUGGCAAAAAGGGUGUGAAACACUUCAAGAACAAGCCACAUGGGGACAAAGGACCAAAGAACAAGCUGCCGCAGGCAAACAAGGUCAACAAGAAGAGAAAGUUCCAGCCAGACAGUAAAAGUGAUGCUGCCCCAGCCAAGAAACCCAAAUGGGAUGACUUCAAAAAGCAGAAGAAGGAACUAAAGCAGAACAGGCAGCUGAGUGACAAAACCAACUACGACAUUGUUGUCCGAGCAAAGCAAAUCUGGGAGGUCUUAAGAAGAAAAGAUUGUGACAAAGAAAAAAGAGCAAAGUUGAUGUGUGACUUACAGAAGCUGAUUCAAGGGAAAAUUAAGACUAUUGCAUUUGCCCACGAUUCUACACGCGUGAUCCAGUGUUUCAUUCAGUAUGGUAAUGAGGAGCAGAGGAAGCAGGCUUUUGAAGAGUUGCAAGCUGAUUUGGUUGAAUUAAGUAAAGCCAAAUAUUCCAGGAAUAUUGUUAAGAAAUUUCUCAUGUAUGGAAGUAAACCACAGAUCGCAGAGAUAAUUAGGAGUUUUAAAGGACAUGUGAGGAAGAUGCUACGACAUGCAGAAGCCUCAGCCAUUGUGGAAUACGCAUACAAUGACAAAGCCAUUUUGGAGCAGAGGAACAUGUUGGCAGAGGAACUCUAUGGGAACACGUUUCAGCUUUACAAGUCAGCUGAUCAUCCAACGCUGGAUAAAGUGCUAGAGGUACAGCCAGGAAAAUUAGAGCUGAUUAUGGAUGAAAUGAAACAGAUUCUAACUCCAAUGGCUCAGAAGGAAGCUGUGAUUAAGCAUUCAUUGGUACAUAAAGCAUUCUUGGACUUUUUUACUUAUGCACCCCCAAAACUCAGAUCAGAACUAAUUGAAGCAAUCCGUGAAGCAGUGAUAUAUCUCGCGCACACACAUGAUGGUGCCAGAGUGGCCAUGCAUUGUCUGUGGCAUGGCACACCCAAGGACAGGAAAGUGAUUGUGAAAACAAUGAAGACAUAUGUUGAAAAGGUGGCUAAUGGCCAAUACUCUCACUUGGUUUUACUGGCGGCAUUUGAUUGUAUUGAUGAUACCAAGCUUGUGAAGCAGAUAAUUAUAUCCGAGAUUAUCAGUUCCUUGCCUAACAUAGUAAAUGACAAGUAUGGAAGAAAAGUCCUGUUGUAUUUACUGAGUCCUAGGGAUCCUGCCCACACAGUACGAGAAAUCAUUGAAGUUCUACAAAAAGGAGAUGGAAAUGCACACAGUAAAAAAGACACAGUGAUACGCCGGCGUGAGCUCUUGGAAUCCAUUUCUCCAGCUUUGUUAAGCUAUCUACAAGGACACGCCCAGGAACUGGUACUAAAUAAGUCUACUUGUGUGCUGGUGCCUGGCAUUCUGGGAUCAGCCGCUGGAGACAUUCAGCCUGCCAUGGAUGCCAUCGCCAGCCUGGCAGCAACAGAACUGUAUCCUGGUGGCAAGGAUGGAGAGCUUCAUGUUGCUGAGCAUCCUGCAGGACAUCUGGUUCUGAAGUGGUUAAUAGAGCAAGAUAAAAAGAUGAAAGAAAAUGGAAGAGGAAGUUGUUUUGCAAAAACUCUGGUGGAACAUGUUGGCAUGAAGAACCUGAAGUCCUGGGCCAGUAUAAACCGUGGUGCCAUUAUUCUCUCCAGCCUUCUUCAGAGUCCUGACCAGGAAGUUGCAAACAAAGUCAAAACUGGACUGAAAGUCCUGAUUCCCACAUUGGGAAAAUCCAAAAGUGCCAGCAAAGGAGUGGAAAUUCUGCUGGAAAAGCUGGCUCCAUAGGAGGGGAGCAGUGUGGAGCAAGAUGGAGCCUAUUUCCCCAUCCUCAGCUCUGCUUUUACAGUUCAGUGCAGAAAGCGGGGCAAUACUACUCAUAAUAUAGAAGCCCUGUACAUGGACUUCUCUCUGGUGUAAGAACAUAUUUAUAUAAAAUUGUUUCUAAAAAUGGUCUUCGGUUUUAA